ACUUUUCAAGUAUCUAAUAAAUAUACAUACAUCGAUCAUCAAGCUACCAUAUAUAAACUCUAUCAAUGGCUUCCGAAGACAUGAUCACGCUUAAGCUUUUAGUCCACAAGGGAACCCAAAAGGUCUUAUAUGCAGAAGCCCCUAAAGAGUUUGUGGAUUUCCUUCUGCACUUGUUCUCUUUGCCUCUCGGCACAAUCAACCAACUCCUGGGCUCCAAACAUAUGGUCGGUGGGUUAGGUAAACUAAAAGAAAGCGUCGAAAGCCUUAAUCCGAUUUACUUUCAACCUGGCAUCAAUAAAGAUAAUAUCUUUAGUUCCAAAACAGCGUUCAAUGGGAACAUGUUUCUGCUGUUGGAUGAUGUUUCUGCUAAUGAGAGAUUACCGGUUACAUCAACAAAAAAAGUCUACACGUGUAGUUAUUUUGGCAUAAGUAGGAACGGUUAUCAACAUCAAUAUUGUCUUAGUACGACUGAGAAUCCGGCUACUUUGUGUCCUACUUGCAGCCGUUCCAUGAAUGUCCCUUUGAACCUCAUUGGAACACCGGUGGUAAAUUUAAAGGAAGCUGAUCAGGAGAAACCGAAGGCAGGUUUUGUGAAAGAAGUGGUGACUUAUAUGGUGAUGGAUGAUUUGGUGGUGAAGCCUAUGUCCACUAUUUCAAGCAUAACUCUCAUCAAUAGUUUUGCAGUCAAGGAUCUGAGUCAGCUUGAGGAGAAAACAUUACCUUUCGGAAAAGAUGAGGCAUUGACGCUCUUGAGGGCAUCUUUAUCAACCAAUGAAGUGCUAACCACUCUAUAUCAGAAAACAAACGAUGCUUAGAUCAUUGUUCUUGCUAUCUUUUUGAGGGCUUUGACUUUAAUUUUAUAUGACUGUUUUCAUGAUUUGAUGUUGUCUAUGAUCUUCUUAUUUAAGGUUUGAACGGUUAGAUAUUCUGCUUUAAUUUCCUAAUGAGGAGUGUUACUAUAUUUUUUGUUUAUGAAUUAUGACUUUAUUUGAUUUUGUCCUAUCUUAUAAUGUGUAAAUUUAAUAAGUAUGCAACAGAAAAGGAAAAAUGUACAUUCUUAUAUGUAUA